GCGAUACAGAAGUGGGUAAAAAAUCAUCGUUGAUAGUGCCGAAGCUAGUAAAGCUCGAAAGCAUUUCAGAGAACAUCAAGUCUAAGCUGCAAAUUGAAAAGUCUUCUGAAAAGAUGGUUCAUCUGCAACAGAACCUAAUGGAUAUAUUUGUAAUACUUGAUGACCUUUUGGAUGAUAAAACAGUUCUAUUAAAAUCCAUUAUUGAGGAUACGAAAAAGGUUCUUCUAUCAGAAUAUGAUUAUAUUGAGCAAAAACAGGGACAGCUGCAAACUGCAACGAUUGAAGGAAAAAUUCAUAUCAUUACAAAACACAUACUAAAUGUUUGCGAAAAGCUUCAACAGCUCAACAAAGACCAGAUUGAAGAAAAGCUCAUUGAAGAGCACCAAUUAGCUGAAAAGAAUAAACAGGAUGCACUAAAUGCUGAAAAAGAAGCUGAAGAGAAAGCCCAGAAGGGAGAAGUAUCUGAAGUCGUCGCAGAGAAGGUUUCCGAAGAAGUGGUUCCUGAGAGUAAGAAGCUUGAAGUAGGGGAAUCUGAAAGUGAGGCCCAAAAGGCGAAGAUACUAGAACAACAAUUAAUUGAAGAGAAGAAACAGGAUACCAACCAGAAGAAACAAGCCGAAAAGGAUGCUGACAAGAAAGCCCAGAAGGGAGAAGUAUCUGAAGUCGUUAAAGAGAAGGUUUCCGAAGAAAAGGUUUCUGAGAGUAAGAAGCUUGAAGUAGGGGAAUCUGAAAGUGAAGCCCAAAAGGCGAAAGUACUAGAACAGCCAUUAAUUGAAGAGAAGAAACUGGAUACCAAACAGAAGAAACAAGCCGAGAAGGAUGCUGACAAGAAAGCCCAGAAGGGAGAAGUAUCUGAAGUCGUUGCAGAGAAGGUUUCCGAAGAAAAAGAUCCUGAGAGUAAGAAGCUUGAAGUAGGGGAAUCUGAAAGCGAAGCCCAAAAGGCGAUGGUACUAGAACAACAAUUAAUUGAAGAGAAGAAACAGGAUACCAAACAGAAGAAACAAGCUGAGAAGGAUGCUGAAAAGAAAGCCCAGAAGGGAGAAGUAUCUGAAGUCGUCGCAGAGAAGGUUUCCGAAGAAAAGGUUCCUGAAUGUAAGAAGCUUGAAGUAGGGGAAUCUGAAAGAGAAGUCCAAAAGGCGAAGGUACUAGAACAGCAAUUAAUUGAAGAAACGAAACUGGAUACCAAGGAGGAGAAACAAGCCGAGAAGGAUGUUGACAAGAAAACCCAGAAGGGAGAAGUAUCUGAAGUCGUCGCAGAGAAGGUUUCCGAAGAAGUGGUUCCUGAGAGUAAGAAGCUUGAAGUAGGGGAAUCUGAAAGUGAGGCCCAAAAGGCGAAGAUACUAGAACAACAACUAAUUGAAGAGAAGAACCUGGAUACCAAACAGAAGAAACAAGCUGAGAAGGAUGCUGACAAGAAAGCCCAGAAGGGAGAAGUAUCUGAAGUCGUCGCAGAGAAGGUUUCCGAAGAAGUGGUUCCUGAAAGUAAGAAGCUUGAAGUAGGGGAAUCUGAAUGUAAAGCCCAAAAGGCGAAGGUACAUGAACAACUAAUUGAAGAGAAGAAACUGGAUACCAAACAGAAAAAACAAGCCGAAAAAGAUGCUGAAAAGAAAGCCCAGAAGGGAGAAGUAUCUGAAGUCGUCGCAGAGAAGGUUUCCGAAGAAAAGGUUCCUGAAAAGAAGAAGCUUAAAGUAGGGGAAUUUGAAAGUGAAGCCCAAAAGGCGAAGGUAUUAGAACAGCAAUUAAUUGAAGAGAAGAAACUGGAUACCAAGGAGAAGAAAGAAGCCGAGAAGGAUGCUAAAAAGAAAGCCCAGAAGGGAGAAGUAUCUGAAGUCGUCGCAGAGAAGGUUUCCGAAGAAGUGGUUCCUGAAAGUAAGAAGCUUGAAGUAGGGGAAUCUGAAAGUGAAGCCCAAAAGGCGAAGGUACAUGAACAACAACUAAUUGAAGAGAAGAAACUGGAUACCAAACAGAAAAAACAAGCCGAAAAAGAUGCUGAAAAGAAAGCCCAGAAGGGAGAAGUAUCUGAAGUCGUCGCAGAGAAGGUUUCCGAAGAAAAGGUUCCUGAAAGUAAGAAGCUUGAAGUAGGGGAAUUUGAAAGUGAGGCCCAAAAGGCGAAGAUACUAGAACAACAACUAAUUGAAGAGAAGAACCUGGAUACCAAACAGAAGAAACAAGCCGAGAAGGAUGCUAAAAAGAAAGCCCAAAAGGGAGAAGUAUCUGAAGUUGUCGCAGAAAAGGUUUCCGAAGAAAACGUUCCUGAGAGUAAGAAGCUUGAAGUAGAGGAAGCUGAAAGUAACGCCAAAAUGGCGAAGGUACUAGAACAACAAUUAAUUGAAGAGAAGAAACAGGAUACCAAACAGAAGAAACUUGCUGAGAAGGAUGCUGAAAAGAAAGCCCAGAAGGGAGAAGUAUCUGAAGUCGUCGCAGAGAAGGUUUCCGAAGAAAAGGUUCCUGAAAGUAAGAAGCUUGAAGUAGGGGAAUCUGAAAGUGAAGCCCAAAAGGCGAAGGUACAUGAACAACAACUAAUUGAAGAGAAGAAACUGGAUACCAAACAGAAAAAACAAGCCGAAAAAGAUGCUGAAAAGAAAGCCCAGAAGGGAGAAGUAUCUGAAGUCGUCGCAGAGAAGGUUUCCGAAGAAAAAGUUCGUGAGAGUAAGAAGCUUGAAGUAGAGGAAUCUGCAAGUGAAGCCCAAAAGGCGAAGGUAUUAGAACAGCAAUUAAUUGAAGAGAAGAAACUGGAUACCAAGCAGAAGAAACAAGCCGAGAAGGAUGCUGACAAGAAAGCCCAGAAGGGAGAAGUAUCUGAAGUCGUCGCACAGAAGGUUUCCGAAGAAGAGGUUCCUGAGAGUAAGAAGCUUGAAGUAGGGGAAUCUGAAAGUGAAGCCCAAAAGGCGAAGGUACUAGAACAACAAUUAAUUGAAGAGAAGAAACUGGAUACCAAACAGAAGAAACAAGCCGAGAAGGAUGCUGACAAGAAAGCCCAGAAGGGAGAAGUAUUUGAAGUCGUUGCAGAGAAGGUUUCCGAAGAAAAGGUUCCUGAGAGUAAGAAUCUUUUAGUAGGGGAAUCUGCAAGUGAAGCCCAAAAGGCGAAGGUAUUAGAACAGCAAUUAAUUGAAGAGAAGAAACUGGAUACCAAGCAGAAGAAACAAGCCGAGAAGGAUGCUGACAAGAAAGCCCAGAAGGGAGAAGUAUCAGAAAUCGUCGCACAGAAGGUUUCCGAAGAAGAGGUUCCUGAGAGUAAGAAGCUUGAAGUAGGGGAAUCUGAAAGUGAGGCCCAAAAGGCGAAGAUACUAGAACAACAACUAAUUGAAGAGAAGAAACUGGAUACCAAACAGAAUAAACAAACUGAGAAGGAUGCUGACAAAAAAGCCCAGAAGGGAGAAGUAUCUGAAGUCGUCGCAGAGAAGGUUUCCGAAGAAGUGGUUCCUGAAAGUAAGAAGCUUGAAGUAGGGGAAUCUGAAAGUGAAGCCCAAAAGGCGAAGGUAUUAGAACAGCAAUUAAUUGAAGAGAAGAAACUGGAUACCAAGCAGAAGAAACAAGCCGAGAAGGAUGCUGACAAGAAAGCCCAGAAGGGAGAAGUAUCAGAAAUCGUCGCACAGAAGGUUUCCGAAGAAGAGGUUCCUGAGAGUAAGAAGCUUGAAGUAGGGGAAUCUGAAAGUGAAGCCCAAAAGGCGAAGGUACUAGAGCAACAAGUAAUUGAAGAGAAGAAACUGGAUACCAAACAGAAGAAACAAGCCGAGAAGGAUGCUGACAAGAAAGCCCAGAAGGGAGAAGUAUCUGAAGUCGUCGCACAGAAAGUUUCUGAGGAUGAACAUGAAGUCAUUAAACAAAAUUUGCAAAUCAAACUCUUAGAAAUUGUUAGGGCUUCUGAAUCGCAGAUUUCCAACGAAGGCUUGCAAUUGAUUGUUACGGAAAGUAACGAUAUAAUUGAAAAUCUAGAAGACUUUGAAAAGGUUUCUAAAUGCAUAUUUAAGCUUCGAGAACACAUCGUUCAUACAUACGAUAGUAAAGCACCUGAAAAACAAAAUAAAAAAGAAAUGGUGGAAGCAUUCAUCGAAUCACUUCUAAACGCUUCUCCAGCUGCUGCAGAGGAUAUAAUAAAUACUUAUUUAAAAGAAAUUAAGACAAAUAUUAUUUUAACCAAAGCAGCUUUACGACUUAUUGGCGAUACAGAAGUGGGUAAAAAAUCAUCGUUGAUAGUGCCGAAGCUAGUAAAGCUCGAAAGCAUUUCAGAGAACAUCAAGUCUAAGCUGCAAAUUGAAAAGUCUUCUGAAAAGAUGGUUCAUCUGCAACAGAACCUAAUGGAUAUAUUUGUAAUACUUGAUGACCUUUUGGAUGAUAAAACAGUUCUAUUAAAAUCCAUUAUUGAGGAUACGAAAAAGGUUCUUCUAUCAGAAUAUGAUUAUAUUGAGCAAAAACAGGGACAGCUGCAAACUGCAACGAUUGAAGGAAAAAUUCAUAUCAUUACAAAACACAUACUAAAUGUUUGCGAAAAGCUUCAACAGCUCAACAAAGACCAGAUUGAAGAAAAGCUCAUUGAAGAGCACCAAUUAGCUGAAAAGAAUAAACAGGAUGCACUAAAUGCUGAAAAAGAAGCUGAAGAGAAAGCCCAGAAGGGCGAAGUAUGUGAAGUCGUUGCAGAGAAUGUUUCCGAAGAAAAGGUUCCUGAGAGUAAGAAGCUUGAAGUAGGGGAAUCUGAAAGUGAAGCCCAAAAGGCGAAGGUACUUGAACAACAACUAAUUGAAGAGAAGAAACUGGAUACCAAACAGAAGAAACAAGCCGAGAAGGAUGCUGAAAAGAAAGCCCAGAAGGGAGAAGUAUCUGAAGUCGUCGCAAAGAAGGUUUCCGAAGAAAAGGUUCCUGAGAGUAAGAAGCUUGAAGUAGAGGAAUCUGAAAGUGACGCCAAAAAGGCGAAGGUAUUAGAACAACAAUUAAUUGAAGAGAAGAAACAGGAUACCAAACAGAAGAAACAAGCCGAGAAGGAUGCUGAAAAGAAAGCCCAGAAGGGAGAAGUAUCUGAAGUCGUUGCAGAGAAGGUUUCCGAAGAAAAAGUUCGUGAGAGUAAGAAGCUUGAAGUAGAGGAAUCUGAAAGUGACGCCAAAAAGGCUAAGGUACUCGAACAACAAUUAAUUGAAGAGAAGAAACAGGAUACCAAACAGAAGAAACAAGCCGAGAAGGAUGCUGACAAGAAAGCCCAGAAGGGAGAAUUAUCUGAAGUCGUCGCAGAGAAGGUUUCCGAAGAAAAAGUUCCUGAAAGUAAGAAGCUUGAAGAAGGGGAAUCUGAAAGAGAAGCCCAAAAGGCGAAGGUACUAGAACAACAAUUAAUUGAAGAGAAGAAACAGGAUACCAAACAGAAGAAACAAGCCGAGAAGGAUGCUGAAAAGAAAGCCCAGAAGGGAGAAGUAUCUGAAGUCGCUCCAGAGGAGGUUUCCGAAGAAAAGGUUCCUGAGAGUAUGAAGCUUGAAGUAGGGGAAUCUGAAAGUGAAGCCCAAAAGGCGAAGUCACUAGAACAGCAAUUAAUUGAAGAGAAGAAACAGGAUACCAAACAGAAGAAACAAGCUGAGAAAGAUGCUAAAAAGAAAGCCAAGAAGGGAGAAGUAUCUGAAGUCGUUGCAGAGAAGGUUUCCGAAGAAAAGGUUCCUGAGAGUAAGAAGCUUGAAGUAGAGGAAUCUGAAAGUGACGCCAAAAAGGCUAAGGUACUAGAACAACAAUUUAUUGAAGAGAAGAAACUGGAUACCAAACAGAAGAAACAAGCUGAGAAGGAUGCUGAAAAGAAAGCCCAGAAGGGAGAAGUAUCUGAAGUCGUUCCAGAGAAGGUUUCCGAAGAAAAGGUUUCUGAGAGUAUGAAGCUUGAAGUAGGGGAAUCUGAAAGUGAAGCCCAAAAGGCGAAGGUACAUGAACAACAACUAAUUGAAGAGAAGAAACUGGAUACCAAACAGAAAAAACAAGCCGAAAAAGAUGCUGAAAAGAAAGCCCAGAAGGGAGAAGUAUCUGAAGUCGUCGCAGAGAAGGUUUCCGAAGAAAAGGUUCCUGAGAGUAUGAAGCUUGAAGUAGGGGAAUCUGAAAGUGAAGCCCAAAAGGCGAAGUCACUAGAACAGCAAUUAAUUGAAGAGAAGAAACUGGAUACCAAAAAGGAGAAAAAAGUUGAAAAGAAAGCCCAAAAAGGAGAAGCAUCUAAAGUCGUCGCUGAGAAAGUUCCUGUGGAAAAGGUUCCUGAGAGUAAAAAGCUUGAAGUGAAGGAAUCUGUAGCUAACUCUGAAAAGGAAGAGCAGCCACUGAAUACAAAACAGCAGAAACUGGAUAAGUUAUCACAGAGCUUUGAUGAGAAGAUUGUUGUAGUAGAUAAAAGCGAGAGUAAACAAUAUGAAUCUAAAAUGGAUACUGAAAAAGCGGAAGACUCCAUUAGUAUGGAGACCAAAACGUACAAGUCAUUGGAGUCUGAGUAUAGGGAAAGAAAGGAAACACGCAGCGCAAAGCGUAAGCCGACAGUUGAUCUUAUGCUGACAAAUCGUAAUUCAGCAACGGGAAGUGAUCUGAAGUUGACAUGUGGCAUAUCUGGUCACGAGAUGAGGGUGCAAUGGUUCAAGCAAAAUAGUCCCAUUGCGAACGAUGCCAAGCACAAGAUAACCUUGAACGAUGGUCUGUCCUGCCUUGAAAUCAAAUCGACAGAAAUGAAUGAUUCUGGCAUAUAUCGAUGCAUAGCGUCUAAUCGAAAUGGAGAGGUGGAAACGAGCUGUCUUGUGACUAUAUACGAAGCACCUUCAACCAAAUUUGGCACACCGCCAAUAUUUACACGCAACAUACGAGAUGCAUAUCAUUCCCAAGACAAUCGACUUGUGCUCGAGUGCAAGGUCUCGGGCAGCCCCAAGCCGCAUAUCUCCUGGCAGCGGGACAACACCCUGCUGCCCCUCGAGACAGCCAAGUACGAGUAUGCGGAGCAGAGCGAUGGCAUCAAGCAGCUGAGCAUCACAUCCUUUGGCAGCGAAGAUACCGGGCUGUACACCUGCUACGCAGAGAGCGAGAAUGGUCAGAUGAAGAUCAGCAAGUUUGUCCAAGCCUCAGACUAUGUGAGGGAGCGUGCAGUCGACAAAAAAGCCACAGAUCAGCUCGCACAAGAUGUCAAGAGACCAGAGUCCAGUCAGAUCGCAUUGGGUGAGAGCUCAGCAGCGGCAGCCAAAGCCAAGGCGCGCGAGGCCAAGCUGCGGCUCAAUCUGGAAACGAGCCUCAAGACUAUGACAAUCAGCAGCGGCAACAAGGCUCAGCUGAUAUGCUACGUGACCGGCUUCAUCGAGGAUGUACACUGGCUAAGGCACGACGAGCGCAUCACAAAGGACGCGCGCCACAAAAUCUACAAUAUCAACGGUGCCAUCAGCUUGGAAAUUUACGAUGCCCGUGCCGAGGACAGCGGCAACUACAGAUGCGUGGUCAAGAACAGCAGGCAGACGGUGGAGAGCGUUGGCCAGCUGACUGUGUUGGACGAGACGAGCGGCAAGCUGCCGCAAAGCUUUUUGGAGGGCAUUAAAAAGUCCUAUGAUGCACAGCGCAACGAGAUUGUGCUCAGCUGUCAGGUGCACGGUCGUCCCAAUGUCAGCUGGAUGCGCGAUGAUCACACGAUCUGCAACAAUCGCUAUAAGGUUGUCGAUGAGCUGGGCGGCGAGCGUAAGCUGAUCAUACGCAAUCCCAUAUCGUCGGACUGCGGCAUCUUUGCCUGCUACGCGGAGCACGAAGAUUACAUUGACUCGAUCAGCACCAGCAUACGGGCAGCCGACCUGAAACGUCUCAUUGCCUACGAUCACGAAAAGGUUUCGCUCUCCCAGUCCCAGUCGGUGUCACAGCCGAGGGAGCUGCCGGAUGAGUCCACACAGCCCAGUGCCUAUGUGAACGGCAAUGCUGGCCUGCAGCGCACUGGGAAUCGCAUCUUGCGCAGCGUUGCGCAGACCAAGCCUCUGUUCCACAGCUAUCUACACGAUCGCACCAUCUCGGAGGGCGCCAAUGUGCGACUGAUCUGCACGGUUUCGGGCGAUGAAAACACACACAUCGAAUGGUUAAAGAACCACAAGCCAUUGCCAAGGGAUACGCGCUAUCAGACGCUCUAUCAGAAUGGCGAGGCAUCGCUGGAGAUCUACGCCGCGGUGUCAGACGACAGCGGCAAUUAUACAUGUUCGGCCGUCAAUGACUUCGGCGAGAGUCUAACCCAUGCGCAGUUGCGCGUCUACAAGCAUUUCCGGGAAGCGUCCAUGCCAAGUACUUUCGCGCAGCCAAUUCGAGACACGUAUUCUCUCAAUGAUAAUGAGCUAGUUCUGGAUUGUCGCGUGCGCGGCCAGCCCCGGCCAGAGAUCCAAUGGAUGAAGGGCAACGAUGCCAUUAGCAAUGAUGAGAAAUAUCAACUGAUCGACCAGGCCGACGGUUACUGCAAGCUGACUAUACGAAAUCCGACCGAAAAGGACUCUGGCAUAUACUUCUGCAUAGCAACCAACGAAGGCGCUCAGAAUAAGAUGACCCAUCAGGUGGACUUUGCGGGCCGCGAGCGUUUCACUCUGCAGAAGACGCACGGCUUUUUCCAUCGCGAUCCCAACAAGCCGCACUUCCUUACCCCGCUGGGCAAUCAGACCGUCUGCAAUGGCGGCACCGUUGCCAUCUCCGCUGAGUUUAUGCAGUCGAACACGCCCAUUGAGGUUAAAUGGCUGCGCGAUCGCCGGAAUGUUGAUGGUCCCAAUGUGAAGACCAUGAACGAGCGUGGCGUCUACACGCUGGCUAUCAUGAAUGCCGGCGCGGAGCAUGAGGGUACCUACACUUGCCUCGCCUCGAAUGCCUACGGGCGCAUUGAGUCGCACGUGAACAUUGAUGUCGCAGUGGGCGCCGAAAAGGACGAACGUCCGCCCCUCUUCCUGUCCAGGCCCGAAACCGAAAUGAAGAUCGCCGUAGGUGAUCCGUUCUCGUUGUCCUUCCGCAUUGCGGGUGAUCCGAAACCGAAGCUUGUAUUCAUGAAGGGCACCAAGGAUAUAACCCAAUCGGAUCGCGUUAGCAAAGAGGUAUCCGAUGAUUAUACCAGAUUCACAGUGCAAAAGUCGCAGAUCUCCGACUCCGGCACCUAUUUCGUUGUUGCCCGCAACGACUUUGGAACGGACAGAAUAUUCGUCACCAUUACAGUUAACCCGCGCGCUCGCUCUGAAACCCCAACGCAACCACGAUGGGGCCAACCCCUCGACAGUUACAGUGAAACUUCGUAUUUCAGAGAUCCACCUGGCUGCAUAUCAACCGAACCGCUCGUCGUUGACUCCGGACCCAGCCACAUAUCGUUGUCGUGGGGCAAGCCCGUGAGCGCAAACUCUGCGCCUGUCAUUGCCUACAAGGUGGAGGCAUGGAUUUUGGGUCAUGAGGGUGGCGCCUAUUGGCGUGAGUUAGGUCUGACGCCUAUUAAUUCCUUUGACGCCUUCAAUCUGAAGCCCAAUUUGGAAUACCAUUUCCGGGUGACGCCCAAGAAUCGCUAUGGCUGGGGGCCAGCGGUUCAGACCAGCUCCGCCCUGCAAGUAGGCGGCGUCGAGUGCCUGCCGGAGUUUGUCAAGAUUCUGCCGGGGCAGGUGAAGGCGCUGCUUGGCUCCUCGUUUACGCUGCAGUGCAACAUGCGUGGUGCGCCGCGUCCAAAAGUCACCUGGUACAAGGAUGGCAUACAGCUGAGCAACAGCUCGGAACGUGUCAAGAUACGCCAGAUUGGUUCCACCUGUGCGCUAACCAUAGCGACAGUUUGUGAGCUCGACUCUGGACGUUACACCUGUGAGGCUACCAAUUCGAAGGGACGCGUCUCCACCUUUGCACGCCUGCAAGUCGUAUCCGAUCCCAGGCUCUAUGAGGCGGACUCGAGGCUAAAGGAAAUCGCUCACGGUCACCAUCCGGCUGAGCUUGGCGAAUCGCUGCCCAUUUUCACGAUGCGUCUGCGAGACCGUCGCGUCCAGGUCACCUACCCAGUGCGUCUCACCUGCCAAAUUGUGGGCUAUCCUGCGCCAGAGAUACUCUGGUAUAAGGAUGGGCAGCUGAUCAGCUGUGAUAGGCGGCAUCUGAUCACGGCCGAGGGUCAAUUCUUUACGCUGGAAAUCGCGGCCACAACGCUCGACGACAGCGGCAACUACACCUGCACGGCAAAGAACGAGCUGGGCUCCGUGUCCUGUCACAGCUGCCUGGUGGUGGACAAGGGCAUACGCGCUUACAUCUCACCCGACUUUUAUGUACCCCUCGAUCCAUUCUAUGUGUUCCGCGAGGGCACCGAAAUACGUCUGUCCACCAAGGUUGAAGCCUAUCCCGCUGUGGGCGUCACCUGGCAUCGCAACGGCAUGCGCCUGCGGCCUAGUCGACGCAUAUCCGCCACUCUGGACUCCACGGGCUAUGUGGAGCUCAUUAUUGCCGAGGCAACGCCACGCGAUGCGGGCAUUUACGUGUGCGUGGCCUCCAAUGUGGUUGGCAAGGUGGAGACAAUUUGUCGUGUGGCCAUCGAGGAGACCGAAGCAGCUGCCACACCACAACGCGCACUGGAAAUACCCAGCAUCAAGACGAGCGAUAUGCCUUACUCCAAGGAGCCGCUGUUUGUGGUGAAGCCGCGCUCCAGCGAGGCCUACGAGGGCGACAACGUCAUCAUAUUCUGCGAAGUGGUCGGCGAUCCCAAGCCCGACGUUGUCUGGCUGCGCGAUUUUCUAAAUCCGGAGUACUACAAGGACGCACCACACUUUCGACGCAUCGGCGAGGGGCCGGAGUAUCGCCUGGAGAUACCCAGCGCCAAAUUGGACUUUACCGGCACCUACUCAGUUAUAGCCAGCAACUGCCAUGGCGAGGCCAAGGCUGUAAUAUCUCUGCAAAUUUACGCCAAAGAUAUACUUAAAGAAAAUCGCAUGGACAAGGUUCACACGAGACAUGGCAAUAUUGAAACUCUGCCGCGCUUCAUACGCAACCUACGCAAUCUGCGCUGUUGCGAUGGAGACGCCAUAUCGCUGGAAUGCCAUGUGGAGGCGAUGCCGGAGCCCUAUAUAAUAUGGGAGAAGGACGGCCACGUCUUGCCCAGCGACAGAGACUACAUAAUGUCAUAUGACGGCAUGAAGGCCACGUUGAGCAUACCACGGAUCUAUGCCGAGGACGAGGGCGAAUAUACGUGUGUGGCCAAGAACUCAGUGGGCCGCACCCUCUCGUCAGCCUGCAUUAUUGUGGAUGUGCCCGAGGAGAAGGAGAACAUGCUUAGCCGGCAAUUGGCACGGCCAAGUGCUUUGCUAUCGGCCCACUCCACGCCACGUUCCACACCGCGCUCGACGCCCAAUCGUAGCUUUUCACCCAUGAGACUUUCCUACCGCAACAGCAGCAUUGAUCUGCACACGGGCUCGGUGGAGCGCCGGCGCAGCGAUGCACGUUGCAUAUCAGCGCCCAAAUUCCUAGCCAUUCCCUACAAUCGUGUCGUGGAGGAGGGCGACAGCGUGCGCUUCCAAUGCGCCAUUGCUGGUCAUCCCACGCCCUGGGCCACGUGGGACAAGAAUGGCCUGAUUGUGACGCCUACCACAAGGAUUGCUGUCAAGGAAGUCGACGAUCUGCGCUUCAUUGAGAUCGAUGAGGUUGGCUUUGACGAUGCCGGCCUGUAUCGCAUCACGCUCGAGAACGACUUUGGGCGCAUAGAAGCCACCGCUCGCCUGGACGUUAUAAGCAGCUCACGCUACUCCAAAUCGCCCUCGACACGUAGCGUUCGCGCCUCCUCUUCGCGACGCAAUGCCUAUCUAUAUCGGCGCAUCAUGGGCCCAUCCACAGCUAUUGGCGGUCGCAUGGCGCUGGCUAGUGGCUUUCGUGGCUCAUCCGUGCCCUCGGUGAGAUUCUAUCACAACAACGUUGAGCUGGAGCCCUCGGAUCGGGUGCACAUUGUGCUGCAGGAGGAUGAGGCGAUGCUAUUUGUGGACAACGUUACAUUGGACGACGAGGGCGUCUACACCUGCAUAAUAAGCGGCGAUCAUGAUCCCCUGAUUAGCUCCAUCGAUGUCAAAUUCCAUGGAUCAAGUACUGAAAUUCAACAUCGCCCCGCUGUCAUUACUGAGCCGCUGCCCGAGCUUACCAAAUCCGUUGAGGGCGAGGUGAUCGAUCUCUGUUGUGCCAUAGAUAGCGCCGAGCCCUACAGCUACGUGUGGUUGCGCAACGGCGAAAUUCUGCCCGACAGCGAGGAGUUCAACUACAUCGAUCACGGCAAUGGCUGUCUCUGUCUGCGCAUCAACGACGCUUUUGACAUUGACUCCGGCAUCUACAGCUGUCAGGUGUACACGUCCACGUCGGAUGACACCGACUGCGCGUGCGACUGCAGCAGCAGCGGCGAGCUGUGCGUGCUGGAGCGCGAUCUAACGCGGCACGACGAGAGCGUACAGCUGCUGAAGACACCGCUGCCGGUGGUGUGUGCGUCAGGAGCGGAAGCUCUCUUCUAUGCGCGUGUUUACCCCUGCGAAGCGGAUGCCGAAUGGUUUCUCAAUGGAAAACUCAUAUCGGAUGACUCACCAAACAUGACGUUGGAGUCGUAUCCGGAGAACGGCAUUCGCUUGCUGCGCCUGCGAGACGUCCAGCUGGCCCAAAGCGGUGAGCUGCGUCUGCAAGUGAAGCAUCCACAGCCGGAGCGCCGCACGCCCGCCGCCCGCAGCUACACCAGCCUCCUAGUGCUGCCCACGGGCAGCAGCAGCAACAACAGCAACAGAGGCAACCAGAGCAAGGAGCACAACAACAACUGCUCGCUGGCUGCCAGCAGCUGCAUUUUGAAGGGCCCCGAAGAUUGCACCGCACUCAUUGGCGGCCACGUCCAGCUGAGCGUGCACUAUGAGCCAUUCCCCAACACCAAAGUCAUCUGGUACAAGGCGUGCCGUCCCAUUGUUGAGGGCGCCAAUGUGACAAUUCGCAGCACGGCGCAGCAAUCGACGCUUUAUAUAACGGACAUAGCGGCCGAUGACAGCGGCAAAUAUACGGCGGAAAUAAUGAACGAAUACGGCGUGGAGGCUGCGGCCGCCUCGGUGGCCGUCGAGGGACCACCAGAGCCGCCCAGUGGACAGCCGAGUGUCUCCCUGGGUCCGGAUCGUGUGGCCAUAGCCUGGUGUGGUCCGCCCUACGAUGGCGGCUGCAUGAUCACGGGCUUCAUCAUUGAGAUCCAGACUUGCGAGCCAACGGACUGUGAUAGCGUUAAGGAUAACGCUGACUGGCAGCAGUUGACCCGCGUCGUGGAUACGCUGGCCUAUACCGUCAAGGAUCUGCUGCCACAGCUGCAGUACAGAUUUCGUGUGCGCGCCGAGAACAUACACGGACGCAGUGCACCCAGCCAGGUCAGCGAACUGGUGCAGUUGACACGCACAGCCACAACAGUGGAUGCUGCUGCAGAAGCAGCAGAAACAACAGGCAAUUCCCUGAGCGCUGUGUCAGUGCAGUCUGGCGGGGAUUUCAAGUCACGUUUCGAGAUCAUCGAGGAGCUGGGCAAGGGACGCUUUGGCGUGGUCUACAAGGUGCAGGAGCGCGCACAGCCCGAACAGCUGCUGGCCGCCAAGGUGAUCAAGUGCAUCAAAUCACGCGACCGCCAAAAAGUGCUCGAGGAGAUUUCGAUAAUGCGCUCACUGCAACAUCCCAAGCUGCUGCAGCUGGCCGCCUCCUUCGAAAGCCCCCGCGAAAUUGUCAUGGUCAUGGAAUACAUUACGGGCGGCGAACUGUUCGAGCGCGUUGUGGCCGAUGACUUUACGCUGACCGAGCUGGACUGCAUUCUGUUUCUGCGGCAGGUGUGCGAGGGCGUCGCCUAUAUGCAUGGCCAGAGCGUGGUGCAUCUGGACCUGAAGCCGGAGAACAUUAUGUGCCACACGCGCACCAGCCAUCAGAUUAAGAUCAUCGACUUUGGCUUGGCCCAACGCCUGGACACCAAGGCGCCGGUGCGUGUGCUCUUCGGCACGCCCGAAUUCAUACCGCCGGAGAUCAUAAGCUACGAGCCCAUUGACUUUAAGUCGGACAUGUGGAGCGUCGGCGUCAUUUGCUACGUGCUCCUCUCGGGCCUGUCACCUUUUAUGGGCGACACGGAUGUGGAAACUUUUUCGAAUAUCACGCGUGCGGACUACGACUAUGAUGACGAGGCCUUCGAUUGCGUCUCACAAGAGGCCAAGGACUUUAUCUCACAGCUGCUUGUGCACCGCAAGGAGUCGCGCCUGACUGCCCAGCAGUGCCUCGAGUCCAGGUGGCUGUGCCAGCGCCACGACGAGAAUCUCAGCAAUAACAAAAUCUGCACGGACAAGCUCAAGAAGUUUAUCAUACGACGCAAGUGGCAGAAAACGGGCAAUGCUAUACGCGCCCUGGGUCGCAUGGCUACGCUGUCCGCGUCACGUCGCAAUUCAGCCAUUGCCAUGGGCGCCUGCAACAGUCCGCGUCCCUCCAUUUCCGGUCUGAGCCUGCUGAGUGCCGCUCAUGUGGGCGGCACGCAAAUGGCGUCCCUGAACGAGGAGGAGGAUGAUUUUAGCGGCGAGAUGCCGCACGUGGACAAGCGGAAGACGACGGGCGUGCUGAGGCUGCGCGACAAGUCGCAGUGCAGCGAACGCAGUGAUUCCGGCUAUAGCGAGUGCUCCAAUGGCAGCAUGGGCACACAGGAGACGCUGCUACUCACGCUGGCUAAGAACAAGCUGGAGCAAAUAGCCAAAGCGAGCCAGGCAAGUGAGCCCGCGGACAAUCCAGCCACGUUCGCAAGCAGCGUGACGGCUCUGGAGCUGCCUGCCAAGGGUGAACCCAUAAUGCUGUCCGACUUUACCAAUACGAUUAAGAUGCGCAAGAAAUCCCUGGAAGACAGCUGCACGCGCGAGAAGCCAAAGCCACAUGCCACCAAGCCGAUUUGCGAGUCCAAGCUGAAGGUGUCCCAACUCAAGCACAGGUUCCAGCAAUCAAAUGCUGCCGCUGCCGCCGCCGCCGCCGCUGCUGCUGCUGCUGCUGCUGCUUCCGCACAUAAAAAGCCUGCCCCAGAGCCCAAUGAAAUCGCCAAGGUCGCGAGCACGGGCCGCAUCAGUAAACCCGCUGGAGAGCCCGCGAGCAGGUCAAUUGUCGCCAGUAAAGCGCGACCAACACAAACCCAAUCCAUGCCCAGCUCACCGCUGCCCCAGCGCGCCGCAACGCCAACGCGGCUGAGCAGUCGCGUCCGCGAGACAGCGGAGCGUCUUGCCCAACAGCACACGGUGGCCAGCGCACAGCGGCAGGCGCAGGUCAAGGGGAAUGGAAACGGCCAUGGACACGGACACGGACAUGGGCACGGGCACGGGAAUGGGAAUGGGAACGGGCACGAGUCACGUGCGCGCAGUCUCAUCAAUAGAUUCAACGAAACGAAACAUAUCACGUCCUAGCUUUUAUGUCGCUUAAAGCUGAUUUACUUAAUUCACUUUAUUAUUGCAAAUAUCAUUAAUUAUUUUUUAUUUUGUUUUGUGUUGUGUAUGUAAAAAACAAACCCAAGGAAAAUCUGUACGAAACACUCGAAUAUAUAUACAUAUAUAUAUAUAAAUAUAUAUAUAUAAGUAUAUAUGGCUGCGAAUGCGAACUAAUUGUAAUCCAAAUCCGAAUCCAAAUGCACCCAACUUUAUAGGCACUGGCACUGGCACAGGCAAAUCGCACUGCACUUAGGCUAAAUAUUUAAAUUAUUGUAUCAAUUUAUAUACAUAUCUAUUUACCAUACUAAUUAAAGUUAAUAUAACGAAGCCAACGCUGUCAAGCCAUAGGCAAGAAUCCAUCAAAA